AUGGAGGAAAAAAGUUUUGUUUGGACAUCUGAUUUAACGAAAAGAUUUUUUCAAUUGCGUUUUGAUAAUGAAUGGCUGUUCCGAAAAAAAAAGCAACCUUGGAGAGAAUUCUAUAAAAUUUUACUAAAAAGUGGAUUUCCAGAAGAAAUGACACUCAAUCAUGUACGCAAGAAGUGGUCAUAUACAUAUGAUUCCUACAGAAUAGCAAAGAAAACAAAUAACAGACAGUGGAAAUAUUUCAAAAUGUUUGAUAAACAUUUUGGCAAAACUCAAGUUUUAGAUAAAUAUGAAUCAUGGACUGAUGAAUGGCGACUUAAAUUAAUAAUAUGCAUAUCUGAGGCCAAAGAGGUUAAACUUGACUUUCAACAUAUGUGGAGGACAGUUGAAAAUGCAUUACGAUGCCAGGAUCUUCCACUAGACUGUUGCAUACAAGAUUUAAAAGGGUUAUGGCAUUACAUAAGAAUGACAUUUAAUAGGAAGUACAGAUUGGUAAUGAGGAAUAGUAUAGAUUCUGAGGACUGGCCACUUUAUGAGCCCAUGUUGGAGUAUCAUACUAAGUAUGAGCCAGAAUAUCUGGAACGGCUCAGUAGUAUGUCGGCUGGGGGCAUGGCUGCUAUAGAAUUCCGAUUAAAACAUAGACCUAGGGAGAAGAAAAAAAAAGAUGAAGUAGAUGAUGAAUUUCAAUGGUCAAGAGAUAUCACGGAAUCAUUCAUUCAGAUCAGAAUGCAGAAUGAUUGGCUUUUUAGGGACAGGAAAUGGGCAUGGAGUAACCUGCGUCAGAUUAUGAUAGAAGAAUACGGUUUCCCACAUUGUCUGUCAAGCAGAGAUCUCAGUAGGAAGUGGGCUGCUAUAUAUGCUGAAUACCAAAAAGCUAAAGCGACAAACAAUAUAUCAUGGAUGUAUUAUUCUCUUUUUGAAGUUUAUUUUGGAGAGAGCAGUAUGAGUCUCAACCCUUUGCUUGGCUGGCAAGAAGAAUGGGUGAUUAAUUUAAUUAAUACUAGAACAGAAUUAGAACAAUUGUUUAAGAUGUGGGAAAAGAAAAAGGAGACGCCUUGGCGAGAAGUUGAGAAAAAACUCAGAAUAAUGGGAAUACCUUUGGAUCAUAGUCUACUAGAAAUAGAGGAAAUUUGGCGGCACUUAUUAAAAACUUUUAAGUGGAAGCAGAAAUUCGCUAGCAAAGGCAUACUCAACGAGCAGUGGCCCUACUACGAACACGUGUCGAGAUAUGUAGACCAACACGAAAUAAAGGAAAAUAAAGAUAAUAAUGAAGAUUACGAAGAUGACGUGAAGCUUUACGAGUUAAACAAGAUCUCUAUGAAACCAAAAGAUGAAGUUACUAAUGUGUGUAGAUCGUGUUCGAACGAUGAUGGCUGUGUUAAGAUAUUUGAAGAAACAGACGACGAAGGACUCGAUGUAGCGUACAAACUGAAAGUCAUCGGCGGAAUAGAGAUACAAAGAUCAGAUACAUUACCAACACAAAUAUGUCUCCAGUGUCUACAAGAGUUGGAAAACGCGUUCAAGUUCAGACGCCAGUGUCAGGAGGUGGACAAAAACCUAAGAAGCAGCUCCUAUAUUAAAGUGGAAUUACAACUAGACGAUAAACAUACGAACGAAAUCCACGAUGGAGAGAGACAGGACUAUGAGAUAGAGAUGGAUAGAGAUACAAUGAACACGAAAAUAAAAACAUCCCCGCAAAUAAGAACUUCGAGAAAAGUUAUAAGGAGGAAAAAGGUUCGCAAGUCUGAAUAUGAAUAUCUAAAGGUAUGUGAAGUUUGCGGGAAACACACAAGAAACCUCAAGGCGCACAUGGACGUACACUCCAAAGAUAAAUGUUACUCGUGCGAUAUAUGCGAGAAGAAAUUCAAAUUCAAAAGCGGUUUGAUAGUCCACAAAGCCACACAUAAUCCGACUCCCAAAAAGACGUGCGAAGUCUGCGGAAAGAGUUUCCAUAUAUUAUCUCAAUACAGAAGACAUUACGCCUACCACGCGAACGAAAGGAAAUACGGCUGUGAGACGUGCGGGAAAAGAUUCAAUUCUUUGGACAUUUUAAAAGUCCAUGCCAGAAUCCACACGGAUGAAAGACCGUUUAGCUGUUCUGAAUGUGGUAAAACUUUCAGAACAGCCGGCUGUGUGGGCAGACACAAGAGGAUAGUCCACAGGAAUACAAAAUUAGAUAAACAGGACGAGCUACACUUCAAUAUGCGAGGUUGGUGGGUGAUAGCUAUAGUUGUGCUUGUAUCAUCAGAAAUUCAAGGAAGAGAUGUCACACACGAGGAUAUCCGAGAUGCGAUGUUAUCUCUGGUUCACAUCGUCCGCGCCUCAGAAGACAAGUUGGAGCGACACGAACUACGAGAGAAAGCACUUGGAGAUCAACUCAAGAAGAUGAUGGCUGGCCUUGAGAAGAAACACAGAAACCUGGAGACAUUGAAAGGCACGAUAUCGAGACUCGACGACAGACUUUAUAAUGUAGAGAAUAUAUUCCUGCAGAAGGAAGAGAGAGAAAAGGAAACUCAGAAGAAAACAAAUGAAGCUUUGGAAGAAAUACAGAAAUCACUAAAAUCACUCACGGAAAUGGUAUCGAGUAACUUGAAACCAAUCAGUACAACUACCGAGAUGGAUAAUAGUUUAACUCCGACCGAAGAUCCGCUCACUAAGAGAUUAGACGCAACUGACGCUAAGUUGGAUGGUAUUAAAGCUGAAAUAGAAAAACUUAAAACCAGCAUCAACAAGGAUGCUUUACAAGCAAUGUGUGCGGAAGUGGCUAUAGAUAUAAAUCAAUUAUCUGAGACGGAAAAGCUCUUGAACAAGUAUGAAUCGAAGUUGAACGAGUACAAUGGAACCGCUAGUAAAGUGCAGACGGACUUCGUGCCACUUAGCGAAGUAUCCCUGGCUGAUGAAGCUUGGCACAGUAAAAUGACUGAAGUAAUGGAGCGUCAAGAGAAAGAUAUUACAAAGAUCCGACAGUUAUUGUCUGAUGCUGAGAGCAUGUGGAAAGAUUUACCGCAUUUGGCUGACAUCAAGCGUUCAACCAAUGACACACUAGAGGGCAUUGCUGCUCUACAGCGUAACGUCACUGAUAUUAUGGAAAAGGGAGUUGCCAAAACGAACAUGAAAGUGAGAGAAUUAGGAGAUAGGCUCGUUGCCACAAACGAGGAUAUACAACAGAGCCUCACACAGGGCAACACUAUGAGCGAGAGGGCUUACACGGACUUACAGAGGAGCUACACCAACCUUCGAGAAGAAUUGCAAGGUUUCUCCAAAAACGAGCAUGUGAUGCUGCAAACAGCGGACAAUGUGAUAGCUACAAAGAAACGCAUCGAGUAUGGCGUACAUCAGAUAUCAUUGGAAGUUAGCGAACUAAUUAGAAUUCAAAGCAAUUUGUUGAACAAAACCAUGAACGAAAGGUUCGACAGUAUAGAGUCCUCUAUAGUUACAAACCAAAGCCGCGCUAUGAACGCUCUGAGCGACAAGCUUGAAACGGACAUGUCGCAGGUGUGGCGACAGAUGGGUGUAGUGUACACUCAACUAACAGCUAGCAGGCAGGCGCUCGAUAAACUAUCGGAACAAACCGCGCAAUACGUUAAUGGAAGCUCAAGUAAAUUGGACAGCAUGAAGGAGAAGGUGAGCGCGAUAACAACACGCAUGUCCGAAGUCGAUGACAAUUUGAACUAUUUGUUAGGAAGAAUUUCAUUAGUGACUCAGGAAUUCAGUCUAAUUAAAACUGGGCUCGGCAUCGCACUGGACAAAGCGAAGAACGGCCUCGACGAGGUUCAAGCUAAACUGGACGAUAACAGUCCAGGACCGCAUCCAGUCGAGGUUAAGGCGAAUUAA